AUGGAGUAUCCGUUGAGUCCAGAAUCUCCAUGCGCAACGCCUGAAUGCGAAGGUCCGGUCGAGUUCGAGAUGGAAGAUUUCCCGGAAGAGCGAAGUGUGAUUGACACGUCUGUCUGCGCGAUGGAGCUCCGUUUAGAUAAGGUGCAAGUGGAAGGUAACGACCUUCUAUUUGUGGAAGGUCUCGUGCAAGGGCGACGUCUGAAAAUGUUGGUUGACUCUGGAGCGACGCACACCAUUGUGCGACGCGAUCUGCUAGUGGCUCCUGCUGGGACGCGGGAAGAAAGGAUUCAGGCCCGCGACUUUGAAGGAAGACUGUCCGUGACUACAUCGAAGAAGUUCACGGUGGACAUGACGGUGGAAGAUCGCUUAUGUCCAGUCGAGAUGGUGGAGUGGCCCUUACGACAGGACUUUGACGGCAUUCUCGGUAAGUCGUGGCUUCGUCGCGAGAACCCCGAUAUUGACUGGGCGGCUGGCACUGUGUCGUAG